UAACCAGUAAAAAAUAGUUACAAUUUAGUACUCGAUAUUAUUACAUCAAAUUAUUAGUAAUUUAUGAUAAGAAAAAAAUUUAAUACUUUGUUGAUUAAUGAUUAAAUAUUUACGACAAUAAUUCGUGUUUUAAUUUUUUUUUUUUUUGUGAAUUAAAUAAAUUUUUAAUUUAUAAAUAACAAUGCGAUCGCUAAAAAUAAGUUUGUGGUUCAUUGCCAUCAUAUGUACUUUGAGCAUUGGAUUUGUUGUAGCUGAAGACGACGAAAUUACGUUAUCGAAAUUUGGAUCUAAAGCUGGCCCUACAAUUAAAUUUCUGUAUUGCUAUUCUUGUGGCUACAAACGAGUAUAUGAAGAAUAUGUUAAUAUUCUAAGACAAAAAUACCCAGAGCUUCAUAUUCAUGGUCAAAACUAUGAUCCGCCAGGUUAUAAUAUGUUUAUGGCUAAAUUUUUGGGAUUUGCUAAAAUUUUAAUUAUUUUAUUGAUAAUUAGUGGCAUUAAUAUUGCUCAAUGGUUGGGACAACCUCCACUAUUUUGGUGGGACUGGUGUCUCAAUAACAAAUUGUAUGCUUGUAUUAUGAUAUUUUUCAUUUGUAAUGCAAUUGAAGGCCAGUUAAUAUCCUCCGGAGCAUUUGAGAUUCAUUUCAAUGAUGUCCCAGUUUGGUCGAAACUUGAAACAGGUCGAGUACCACAACCUCCGGAAUUAUUUCAAAUAAUUGAUAAUCAACUUCAAAUGCUAUUCCCAGAGAGAGAUUCUCUUGAUAUGUCCUUUAACAAAUAAUUUACUUUAUUUUAAAAUAAAAAACUGAUUAUAAUAACGAUAUUAAUAAUAUUAAUUAAUUAUAAUUUAUAUACAGGAAAAAAAAGAAACCAAUGUGAUUGCAUAAUUUUAAAGAUAUACACUAACAAUAAUAUCCAACGAUUUGUCAUAAUGAAAUAUGUAACAUAUAUACAGUUAUUUACAUUUUGCAUUGCAUCAAUUGUUAACACUAGUAAUUGAAUCAAAGUAUAAAUUAUUCCAGAGAAUAAUAAUAAUAAUGAUGUUGUAAUUAAUAAAAAUUGCCAGGUGAAUUAAAGUAAAGUAUUUAAUAAAUAAGUUGUAAUGUACAAUUGUAUAUAAUAGUUAUCAUUCACAUUUAAAAACUUGAAAGUGAAUUUAAUUUACCAUAAUACAAACAGAAAUUACAUUAUGAAAUAUGUAAAUAUUUAUUAUAAUAUAAUUACAUUAAUAUCAUUUUCACCUUUAAAUAUUAUUUUAAAAAUAGAUGUUUAAUAAAUUUAAUAAUAAUAACAUUCC